AUGUCUACCGCCUUUGACAGCAUGUAUCUUCCCGGAGGCGACUUCAGCGCCUCCGGGUACGAACUCCUUGACUUUAACGGCCCUCAGUCCCACUACGCGGGAGUCAACGAUGGCACAAUUUCUCCCUCCGACUUGUUCGUGGAUGAAUCCAUCAUGUCGGCUCCAGCCUCUACGGUCUUCCCCAAUCUGAGCACCCCCGGUUCCAGCUUCUUGGAAUCUCCUGCAAUGGCCAGCAGUGGCCUUAAUACUUCUCCUCUGGAAGACGGACUCCUUGAUGCUCAGCUGAACUACUCUGAGCUCGAAGCUAUGGCGCCAUUGUUUCCCCAGAACGGUUUGGAUCAAUUCGCCAACCAGCCCAUGGCGCAGGAGUGCCUCACCAAGUCGAGCAGCUUCAGCAGCGUGAACUCUCACGCCCAGCCAUCUGGUAUGGAGCGUCAGAAGUCAGUUGGCAUGGAACGCCAGAAGUCUUCUCCUGGAAGGCCCCCGUCGCAACCAUACCACAACCGCAAACGGUCAGACACUUGCGGUAUCUCCAAGCCACCGAAGCCGCGCAAGCAGUUGGCGGAGAUCCAUGUCGACAGUGACGACGACAAGGAGACCGCCAAGAGAAAGAAGAAUACUGCGGCGGCCCGCAAGUCGCGCCAGCGGAAGCAGGAGCAUGCCGAACAAGCCGAGAGUGAGAUCCAACGCCUUCGAGCCAUGAUCUACCGUCUCGGGGGUGACCCAGAUGUGGAAGUAUGA